AUGUCAAAAAUGGCGGCCAAGUCAAAGAAGCGGCUGUCUAAAAUUGAAAAUAAAUUACUAAAAUUGGAAAAAUUAGAAAUUAAUGAUGUUGUUUGUUCAAUUUGCCACUCCAUACUUGUCGAACCUGUUACUUUACCAUGUUAUCAUGAUUUUUGUCAAAGUUGUUUUAAUGGUAGCAUAGAAAAUAAUUCUUUGUGUUGUCCUCUAUGUCGUUUACGCAUUGGUUCUUGGCUAAGAUCAGCAACAAAACAAAAGAAUUUAGUUAAUUUAGAACUUUGGGAUUACAUCAAAAAUAAAUUUUCACGUGAAGUAGAUAAAAAGAUAAACGGGGAUGAUAUUAAUAUACCCGAAGAAAUACCAAUACCACGAUUGAGUGCACCGGGAGAAAUUAGACUAGAAUAUGAAGCAGAAUUGAAGAGAUUGAGGUCUGAACGUCUUAGACUUGAACAGAAACACUUGGCAGAAACAGAACUUCUCAUUAAAAAACUACAAGCUGAAGAGCUUGAAGCUGAACAAAAGUAUAUAGAGCGGAUAAAACAAGAUGAGAUGUUAGCAAAACAAAUGCAAGGUGCUGCUGAAGCUACAGUUCUCGAUGUCAAUAAAAAAGAUAGCUCUAAAGAUAUUCCUACAAAACCAAGACUAAAAGCUAGAAAGAUAGAUACCUAUUUAUCAAAAUUAGAAGCACCAGUAAAAGAGUGUCCAUUAUCAACUGAUGAUAACCAAAGCAAUGACGGAACCACUCAGAGAGUCUCUUCACAUAAACCCAACUGUAGACCUUCUCCAGAAAUGCUUCCCAACUAUGGAAAGCUCUUAAAAAGUUUUUUGGAGAGAAAAAUAAAAAAUGGUGUUGGUGUUUGGAAUAAAGAGAAUGGUGAAAAUGCCACAAAGACAACACAACCUAUUGAAAGUUCUAGUAGUAGCAAAGAAACUGUCCCACCGCAAGAUAAAAAUGCCUCAAAGUCUAAAAGUAUGAUACAAUCAUUGUUAGUAUCACUUCCACUGCCAUAUACUGGAAUAUUGCAACAUAAAAAUAAUGUAGAAAAUAGACAUUUAGAAACGGGCAGUGUUGAUUCAAUGCAGCAAGAAUUAUGUUAUUUCAAACCUAUUGACGGAUCAACACCCACCAGUUUCAGCCCUAACAAAAGUUUUCCGUUGCGCGUACCUAGCAUGCGAGCGGAGCAAGAAAAUACUCCACUGGAGCUUGGAGGUCCUCCGAGCCGAGAUCAAUAUUUAGAAGGCUUGUGCCGCCUCAGAAGUAUAUCCUUAGAGCAGAAACUACCUUCUGCAUUUGUUAUUGCACUUAGCAUUUUAAGAGUAAAGAAGGAAACACCCAAGAAAGGAGUAUCAAGGACUCGAAACAAAAAACAUAUAGUAAGUUCUAGUGUCACAUCGGAUGAAUUGAAUACUGUUAAAAGAAAUGUUCCAAAUCGGAAACAGCAAGCAGGAAAGGUCGAUGGUAUAAGAAAAUUGAACGCUGAAAAAUCUUUACGACGCACCCGGUCAAUGGGAAGUAUAUCAAAGGACGAAAACGAAGUUACACCGAAGAAAAAACUUAAAGAUAGGAAGGUGUCUUCCGAUAGAAAAGUUUAUUUGAGAAGUUAUUCAAAAAAACCAAAUACAAAAAGUGAGAUUGAUAGCCCACCUCUAGUUAAUGAAACUAUUAGUAAUAACAAAAUAAAUUUAGCUGUAAAGAACUUGUCUAGUCCAUUGGAGAAUUGUGAUGUUAAAAAUAUACUGAGAGAACAACUGAGGAUCGAGAAACUAAUAGAACAGGAGAAAAGCGACUUUGAACUGGCGCAGAAGAUGGAGGCGGAGUGGAACGGGCGCCGGCAGCCGCGGCGCGCCGCCAGCAAGCGACAGGUCACUCUCGCUUACGCCCUCAGGCCCGCCAAAAAAUUAAAGGUUUAGUUCUACUACAGUUUUAAUUGAUGUAAAUUUUAUAGAACUGCAGUAUAAAUGUAUGAUGUCUUAAAAACUCAAUUAACUCAUUAGUAAUUAUAACCAUGUAUCAAUAAUCCUGCCAUUGAUAUUAUGCAUAUAUUUUGUAAAUUCGCCAAAA